AUCUUUAAUGACAUCCUUUCAAAUUCUCUUCGCUACUUUCCACGACCUCGCCGACACGGCCCUCUGCUCUAUCCUGUCUCCUUUCCGUCAUCUUAAGCGCUACAUUUCCCUCGUCAUCCUCUCAGCGACAUCGCUACUAUGCAGCUCUCUACUGCAAUCAUCCUCACCUUGACCGCUUCUCACCUAUCGAACGCCUUUCUUCUCCGUAACGACCGGCAGAUUUCUGCGUUGUCUCCACGCUCAGCGCCUCUCAUAUUUCGAGCUGAUGCCAACCCACCCUUGCCUCGGAAUGAGGUUUGCUUCUACUUGACAGAUGGCCUAAACUGGACGGGUACUGGUCAUAACAUGUGCGGCCAAACCGGCAUUUGCAGUGAGUCUUGUGACCUGUCGUCGGAAGCUCAUCCGCUGACAUGGCCUCUGCAUUAUAAGACCCGUCCCUUCCUGCUCCGCUGUCCUCGAAUGUAGCUUCCGCUGGGCCAUCGGCCAAUCAGACCUGCUUCCUAUACACCGGUGAAAAUUGUACUGGCAAUUCUUCUGCACCGAUCGUGUAUCCAGGAUAUCCCGACCUCAACACCGACAUCGCUUUCAAUGGCUCUACGGUACAAAGCUGG